GGUCUACAGGUACAUAAUGGAUGUUAUCGUGCCGCCAUGAGCGAGUCUGCCUUUCCUGGGAUUUUCUCGCUCUGACCUGUCUAUUGGGAAGAGUUCACAAUGCGGUCCUUCGCCCUCCUUGCUGGCGCGCAAUUGGCGUCUGCCUUGUAUCAGAAUGGUUCUGUCAUUGCACCCUGUGACUCGCCCAUCUACUGCUACGGAGACUUGCUCCGUGAGAUUGAGCUUGCUCGCCCUUUUUCAGACUCAAAGACUUUCGUCGACCUACCUACAAUCCGCCCGCUGGAUGAAGUUCUGGCAGCUUUCAGCAAUCUUACCAAACCUAUUCAGAACAACACUGCAUUGAAUACUUUCUUGACUACUUACUUUGGUGAAGCGGGCUCAGAGCUGGAACCCGUACCCACAGACGAGCUUGAAACCCAGCCUGACUUUCUUGAGAAUGUCAACAGCUCCGUUAUUGUAGACUUCACUCGCCAAGUGAUUGACAUCUGGCCCGAUCUUACAAGAAGAUACGUCGGAGCGGGCAACUGCACUGGAUGUGUCAACUCGUUCAUCCCUAUCAACCGCACCUUUGUCGUAGCUGGUGGCCGUUUCCGCGAGCCUUACUACUGGGACUCAUUCUGGAUCGUCGAGGGCCUACUACGCACCAAGGGAUCCUUCACUCAAAUUGCGGAGAACAUUAUUGAGAAUUUCAUGGAUCUUGUUGAGGAAAUUGGCUUUGUCCCCAACGGUGCCCGAAGAUACUACGAAAACCGUUCGCAGCCGCCGCUACUGACUCAGAUGGUUCGUGUCUAUGUUGAGUACACUCAAAACUACACUUUGCUCGAGCGAGCCCUGCCUGUGCUCGAGCUCGAGUACGAGUUCUGGGUCAACAAUCGCUCGGUGACACUCGAGCGCGGUGGCAAGAACUACACUCUCCACCACUACAACGUCUCCAACACCCAGCCACGCCCUGAAUCAUAUCGCGAGGACUACAUCACAGCAAAUAACCUGACCUAUUUCAAUGAAGAGGGCGAGCAGUUCAACGCAAGCCAGCCUCUCACCGAUGACGAGAAGGCAGUACUAUACGCUGAUCUCGCGUCUGGAGCCGAGUCCGGCUGGGAUUAUACAUCACGAUGGUUGAAGAACCCCUCGGAUGCCGUGAACGACAACUUCUUCCCGCUCCGCUCACUCAACGUAAUCAACACGAUUCCCGUUGAGCUGAACUCAAUUCUGUACUACAAUGAGAUGACCAUUGCCGAAUUCCACCGUCGCGAAGGCAACUACAGUGCUGCGCGCCAGUGGUCCGAGAUCGCCAGGAAUCGCAGCGAAGCCAUGACCGCCAUCCUAUGGAACGCUGAGCAUUACAGCUACUUCGACUACAACCUGACGUCCAGCGCACAGAAUGUCUACACUCUUGCAGACAACACCAGCACGCCUCUCGCUCUUGCUGGCGCGCCAUCUGGUUACCAAGUCGGUUUCCAGCUCAGCCAGCUCUUCCCCUUCUGGACCGGCGCUGCUCCCGAGGCCAUCAAGCGAGACCCCAGCGCCAUCCGCCGCGCCUUCUCUCGCGUCGAGGAGGCGCUCGACACCGAAGACGGUGCCCUAUCUGCUACCAAUCUGUUCACAGGCCAGCAGUGGGACGCGCCCAACGUCUGGCCGCCGCUGCAAUACACCACGAUCCAGGGCCUACUCAACGCGCCGCUGGAAGCCAGUGAGGAUGACGACGACCAGACCGCCGAAGACUACAUCUGGACGCAGGACCUCGCGCUGCGCCUCGCCCAGCGCUACACAGACUCCCUGUACUGCACCUGGCGAUCCACCGGCGGUGCCACAGAUGAAGUUCCCCAGCUCCCUGGCGCAGAUGGCAACGGCACCAUCUUUGAGAAGUACUCCGACGAAGCGAUUAACGCGCGUGGUGGAGGCGGCGAGUACACGGUCGUUGAGGGCUUUGGGUGGAGUAACGGCGUGCUGAUCUGGGCGGUUGACAACUUCGGGCAGAAGUUGUCAACGCCGGAUUGUGGGAACAUCACGGCGGCUGCGCCGCCUGAGGCGAGGAGGAAGAGGAGUGCCGUCGAGAUUCACAAGCGUGAUGCGGCUUGGAUCAAGGGAACGAAGGAGAACAAGAUGUUCCGCAAGAGAUGAGCGGUGGUUGUAUAGUUGAUCUUGCGGUUCACGUUGGUUUCAUGUCAUAAUUGUAAUCAGGGGAGCAAGUUCCGCUGUCUCUUGACGA